UCUUUUAUUGGGUUUCCCCCUCUGUGCAGCUUCAGUCCCUCCUAUCAUUUUGGGCAUAAAUAGAACUAUUAAUCUUUGAUAGGACAACAGCUGGUAGUAAUAAUAGCAGCACUUUUGUGUUGCUAUGUUGAGAGAAGUGGCAGGACAUUUUCUCAUGGAGCUCUGCGCUGAGAGGUCGUGGAAGAUACUGGCCAUCUGCACUUGCUUGAUAACUCCUCCUUUAUAAAGACGGAAGAGGGACUGUUGGAUUGGCUUCAUCCCCCGAUCUGAGUGUCAUCCCUGUUGGCUGACAAGAAUAUGCACCAUUGACUGAGAUCAGCAUGUGGAAGGCCUGGAUAACACUUGAAAUAAUUGCAGUGGAAGCUGAUGGAUUUGGGAAAAGACUAAUGUAAUUGCGGCAUCAUCCUGUCUUGCAGCUGGGAUUGAUGUUUUCUUUCUCUGCAUGUAUUCUGGCAGAAUAAAAAAAAAAACGUUAUUGAUGCAUCUGAAGGUCCAGUAAGGAAAAACAUUUGUCACUGAUGCAAGUUCAGAUCUGUCUUCUGUUACUGUUUCUCUACAGCUGGGAUGUGAUACUUGCGGUUCCUCGUUAAUGAAAAUCCCCAGUCAUCCCAAUCCCCAGAACCCCAAACCCUGAGACCCCAUAGUUUAAAAAUCCCAGUACCCCAGGCUUAUCUUAGAACUUUCCACCUGAAGUCCCUUUACCCUUAUAAUAUCUACCUUCUCCAAACCCCUUUGUGAUUGCACCUUUACCCUUCGCUAUCUCGGACCCACUUGUAGCCCUUUGAUAGCCUAAACACCACCCCAGCCAUCAUGGCCUUGGAUCAGUGGCCCUUUCUCCCGACUCCCCCCAACAUUUCUAUCCCUGAGCCCCUCCUGUACGACAGCUACAUCCAGGGGAAUGAGUCUGACCUGGACCUGAACAUCACAGAGACACGUGAGCCUCACCAGGACAAGACAAGCUCAGUGGUCAUCACCUUAAUCUACUUCAUGGUAUGCGCCGUGGGGCUGUGCGGCAACACCUUGGUCAUUUAUGUAAUCCUGCGCUACGCUAAAAUGAAGACGGUGACCAACAUCUACAUCCUGAACCUGGCGGUGGCAGAUGUUCUGUGCAUGAUGAGCCUGCCGUUCAUUGCCCUGCAGCUGGCACUGGUGCACUGGCCCUUUGGAGAGGUGCUUUGCAGGGUGAUCAUGACUGUAGACUCUCUCAAUCAAUUCACCAGCAUCUUCUGUCUGAUGGUGAUGAGCAUCGAUCGGUACUUGGCUGUGGUCCACCCUAUUAAGUCCACAAAAUGGCGGAAGCCCCGCAUAGCCAAGCUAAUUAACCUGACAGUAUGGGGUGUGUCGCUGUUAGUCAUCCUACCUACUAUGAUCUUCAGUGGCCUGAACAAGGUCCCAGUAUGUGGUAUCGUGUGGCCGGAGCCGCAAGAUGUAUAUUACAAAUCCUUCAUAUUCUACACCUUCUUCAUUGGAUUCUUCCUGCCGCUGACAGUCAUAUGCAUGUGCUACCUUCUCAUCAUAGUCAAGGUUAAGUCGUCUGGCAUUCGAGUGGGUUCCACCAAACGCAAACGCUCUGAGCGUAAGGUGACACGGAUGGUGUCCAUCGUGGUGGCGGUGUUCGUCCUCUGUUGGCUGCCUUUCUACAUUUUCAAUGUCACUUCAGUCACCAGCUCCAUCAACCCGACCUCCGCUGUGAAGAGCACCUUUGACUUUGUGGUGGUGCUCGGCUACGCCAACAGCUGCGCAAACCCCAUCUUGUACGCCUUCCUGUCGGACAACUUCAAGAAAAGCUUUCAGAACGUUCUGUGUCUGAAAAAGGUGGCAGGCCUGGACGAGAUAGAGCGCAGUGACAGCAGGGCAGACAGGAGCAGGAUGGCUAACGAUGCGGCAAUCAUCAACGCCAACUUGGAGACUCACAAUGCUGCCUUGCUCAAUGGCGAGCUUCAGACCAGCAUCUGAGAGUAAAGGAGCAGCUGUCACAUCCAGGGAGGCCAGAGAGACUGAGCUUGGGGCUUCUAGACUAAUGGGCCGCCACUGCACUGCUAGUGACCCCUGUUCAAAGUUGCGGGGGCAGGAGGAUGAUGUAAUAGCUGCUGCUCAUGGACAUUGACACAUGAACAAAAUCCAAGUGAAAAAUAAACAAUUUCCAGAGGUCAGGGAAAGUACACUGACUCCAGCUUAAAACUCUUGAUAUUUGGGUUAAUGAGGCAACUUGAGCUGUUUCGCCCUGAGGCGGAGCAAAAUUGUAUCUUGACUGAAGUGAUUUUCUACUCAGUAGAGACAAGACGAUGUUGAAAUCAAACAUAAAUACGAGUUCAUGCUGGUCAGCUUGAGGUUUCUAUCGAGUUGUCAGAAGACAUGCAGACUGAAUCAAAAUCGAAACAAGACAAAGGACCGGUGAGUGGAUAGCUGUGGACCUGCUGGAGAAGUAUCAGGGCUAGUUCACCCAUGGUAGAGAGAUCUGAUAGGAUUGAGCACCACCCAUGCCCUCUUUGACGGAGUUUUUUUUUUUUUUUUUAGCUAUGAAGGGUCGGCAUUGAUUUCUCUGAAUGUGGAAAUACUAGAAAACAGUCAGCACUGUGAUUCUAUAGAGAGAAACAUCAGAAACCACAACCCUAAAUAGUUUAUGGUCAUGUUUUAUUCAUACCAGCUGAUUAGUCUGGUCUUACAUAAUCAACAGGGCAACAAAAUGGCAACGCCCUCCUAAAACGACAUCUUCAUUUCCAGAAAACGAAGGAUGCUCUUUUCCCUCUCCAGCUGGCAUCUCGGCGGGAGGAGCUGCAUUGAUCCGUAAACUCUGAAUUUAACAUCACAGAUUAUUGAUUAAGUGGAAGGAUGGGAAAACAUCCCUGCAGCCGCUCUGACCUUGCUUCCUUUAAAACAGCUUGACUUUGUAUAUACAAAAUUUUUCGUCAACCUCUGGGGGAAAGUUCUGCACAUGGAUGACUCCAUGUUCUAAACAAAAUGAAUGAAUUAUAAAGGCAAUCCCUGCUGUAAUAUUCUGUAUCGUGAUGCAUCAGCUCUGAAACUAUGUUCUAUGAAACACAUCGUAUGUACUUUAUACUUCACUGUAUCCUGGUCUUGACAAUAGCUGCUCCCUGUGCCGGCAGUGCCACUGUAAAGAGCCCAUUUCUACUUGUAAAGUGCUGUGUUUUUGACAAUGUACGAUUUCCUCCUGAGUUCAUGUUCAAGUUUGGUUCAGCCAGUAUGUGCUUGCAAAAAUGCCUAAAUUUCACAGAAGGCAGGAAAAUGUGUCAUGUACUCAAAAGAGGGAGGGAGAGAGGGGAAUAUGGAGAUACAGAGAUAGAACGAAGCAAAGCCUGUGUAUGUAUUGUAUCCACUACUGUUACUACUAAGAAUACAACACAUGCAGAGAAACCUUGAAGUAGGCAGAAUAAAUGCAUAUAUAUAUAUAAUCACACCCUACCACAGCCCAUUGCAUUUAAGCUUAAAGCUGUAUUGCAGUGAUAUUCUUUGUAUUCUUUUAAUUUUAAAAGAAUACAAAGCUGAAGCAUCAGGAGCAUUUAGUCCCUAGUAUGCCCCGAAAACAAUGGAUCUACAUUUCCCGAGCAACUGGAUAGCAUCUUUCAUCAGACCCUCCUGGUGUGUUAAAUGCCCACGUCUUUCAAACUCCUUUUUUUGUAACAGAGACUUCCUGUUGUACAAUUUUAGUCUCCCAUACCAAGCUGAGCUAACCCUGAUCAACAUGGGUUGAUUUAUAUACACAUAUAUGACACAAGCUACAUUUCUACCAAGGCCACUUAUUGUUAAUGAAUUGUACUCUCCUAUAAGUGUUUAUAACAAAAAACAUCAUGACUUUGAAUCAAUGUAUCUUGCGUCUCUCAGUGACAUUCAGUAUACCAACAGUCAACAAUAAGCAGGCAGCUAUAGUUAAGUGUGCAAACAACUCCAGUAUAUCCCUGUACUCUGUAUAUAUUGUGGCUUCUUGUGACGAACAAGAAUGUGAGGAUGACAGAUUGAUUGAUGAAACAAUCAAUCAAUCAAUCAAUCAGUGGAACAUCAUGGAGGAGCCAUGCACAUUCAUGGUCCCCACAGAAUGAACCUUAACGACUUUGGUGAUCCCUUAACUUUUCAUCUAGAACCAUCGUCAAGUCAAAUGUUUUAUUUGCCCAGUACAUUUUGAUAUUUUAAAAUGUUUUGGUCCGAAACGGAUGACAUUCCCAUCAGCCUCAGCUGUACUUUGUGUUGAUUGCCGAUUGGGAAAUGUUAGUAUGCUAACACGCUAAAUAAAUACGGUGCACAUGGUCAACAUUACACCUGCUAAAUAUGUGCAUGUUAGCAUUGUCAUUGUGAGCAUGUUAGCAUGCUGAUGUUAGCAUUGAACUCAGCCACAGAGCCGCCAGCAGCUAUCGUUGCUGUGAAUCGGAAUGUCUUUUCAUUUUUACAUACAGCUCCAAUGAAGAUAUAUGGUUAUCAAACUCUAACCUAAAUUUGGCGUCAUUAUAAUCUUUUAUAAAUUAGCUUGCUGGCUAAUUAGCUGGCUAAAACAAUACCAAUUUGCUUAACUUGGCGGCCUCCACUAAGCUACAGCUUCCCAGUCGAGUAAGAGCCAAAGGAGCUACAACAAAAGACUUUGUCACAAUAACCUGAAUUUGGAAACCGUAUCACUCCAUUAAUGCUAACUGAAUGAGCCCACAUACACGGCACACAGCUAUUCCGUUGACUUUGCCAACGGACCUCCAUGAUGGAGCCACACCUGGUUGCUGGGAGAUUUGUCAAACAACUGCAAAGCAUCUGUAGUAAUAAGGUCACCCACCAUAUGCUGCAGUGUCAGAUUCACUUUGUCCCGGUGUAUCAGUCAAGUCAGAAACCAUCAAUCAGUGCAAUCAAGAGAGAUGAGGAACCAGACAGGGCUUGUCCUGGGAGGUUACUGCAGAAAAUUGUUAUGUGCCCCCCACACACUGCCUCCCAGUUGGUAGUGGGCCACACAGCCUAUAAUUUGUCAUGACAUUCUCUCUGUGCUGUCACUGGUAGUUGGACUAUCUGUUGCAGGGUCAGGCCCACUUUCACUCACAGGUCAAGCACCACACAGUGCCACACACAAUUGUGGGCAUGCAUGUAUAGGCACAGUAGAGUUCCAUACCAUCUAUAUAAAGCAGUCAAAUAUAAAGGUACUCUCUAGUCUUGCCCACAAUGUGUCAUACAGACGCGGGCUCCUUGUACCCUUGUCUGAGUAAUGCAGAAGGCGAUAAGGGUGACCAAUCCUGCAUCAUACUGACCCAGUGGACUGUGUGUUUGUGUGCGUGCGUGUGUAAUAAUCUUACACAGCACAAGUCCAAAGGCUUUACGUGCCCACAACUGAAGUUUUUCGUUGUAAUUAGAUUACCAUAUGAAGAAAACCUGUGACUCAUGUGAAUCAUCAACAACGCAAUAUCUUUCUGUAUGUCUUUAUUUUUGUGCCGUCUGUGCCAAAUGUGUGUGUGUCACAGUGAGAAACGCAUUUCACAAUCUCACCCACUACAGUUAAGGUAUUUAGCGCCUUCAAGCCUGAAGUGCAAGAACUAUUCUCUCAUCAUCCAUAGCUAAUUACCUUUACUUGCUCUCUCUGUCUUUCUAUCUAUUCCUCUUUCUUUCUUUCUUUCUUUCUUUCUUUCGCGUGCACAGCUGGUGAAGAAUAAUAUGAGCUGACACACAUUUUACACCCACCCAAACUGAACUGAGCUGAAAUCCACAGAACCAUACUGAAGGAAACACACUCUGUCUGCCACCGCCGCUGGAUAUUUGGACAUGCUUAAUGGACUUAAUGGAUCAUUCUGAUGUUUAAUAGAUGUUGAUAAGACAGUUUGUGCCCAAACCAGUGUAAAUGUAGCGCAGGACAGCUGAGGCAAUGAGAGGGUGCCUGUAAUAGCUGCUUCCUUUGUCAUUUUGAGAAAUCAAGACCUAAAUAUCUCUGAAAUUAGGUCAUAUUCUGAGAAAGUUCAUUGGGGUUGACGUGGGGCUUGGCUUGUUCUUACCUCCAUACAGUGUACAGAUGAGAGGCAGAAGCGGAAACGGCUGCCCUCUUGCGCUCUGUUUCUUUUUUCGAGACGUACGUUGAUUUGCGAAGGGCUAGAACGUGCACUCCUGAGGAUGCACUGUUCAAUACUAAAUCUAUGUAUCUGUGGUAUCCUCUGCUUGUUCUUGCAUGGGGUGGGGGGGGGGUGGCGUGUUGCAUAUCCCACCGCCUGUGUCACCUGACUAGCCAAAACCAGUGUUACACACGUACUGGGUACCACCUUUUUUUUUCUUCUUCUCACUAGAUGCAGUCUCAGAAAAAAAAAAGGUACAGAGAUCUACUUGAGUUUGGGUUGUAGUUUUUUAAAGUCAUGAUCAGCAGCAAAUAUAAGUCAUUAUUUUGGUCGAAGAAAUGAAAUUGGCCGUGGGUUUUCAAUCUUGACUAAGCCAAAAUUUUGCCAAGCUGGUUGUAACUUACAUAAUUGUUUCUGGCAGUGUGCAGCCAUGGAUAUGUACUUUUCUGUGCAGUUACUUUUAUCAAUGUGCCUUGGAACUGAAUAUAAAAUUGUGUGAUGACGUCAAUGUACAGCAAAACACUGUAACCUGUUUCUCCCAAAAGCCAAACAACCAAAGGCCUUUGUACUGUACAGACAUGUUGGCAACCAAAACAUAACAAAGACCUGUUGUAUAUCAUUUUUAGUACUAUUUCCCCAGCGUACAUAGCUUAUGUUUGUGUUAUAUGAUGUCAGAAGCAGAUGUUUAUUUGUGACUCUUUAUUGUUGCAUAGAAUACAAUGUGAUCAUUGAUUGUAAUGGACAGGCCAAUUGUCCUUGUCUCUGCAAUUAAAAUGCAGGCCAGUUUCUGCUCCCAUGGUCAAA